GAUUGAUGCGACACGGAUCCGUUGUAGCUAUGGUUGUCGUUGUUUAACUUUAGUUAUCCACCUUUGUGCUGGGUUAUGUGAUUAUGGAUUGAAUAUUUUCGACACCAGAACAACCUAUAGACAGGAUAAAGAAAGCAGCGGUUUUUGUUGAAGGAACAACCAGUUGAAAUACUUCGAUUAACGCAAAAUAUUCUCUCGACUAGUCCGACUGGUUCACUUUCAAUAUCGACGAAGAAACUGAAUCGAUGUCUGAAUCAGAAUAAUGAGCGUGGUAGAGGAUUAUGACUUUCCUGAUACAUAAGGCGGUGUACUUCAUCUGGCUGUGCCAGGUGAUGUACAGCACAGGUGAUUCAAGUUCAUGUAUUUGUAAUAUACCAGUAAAUUGCAGUGAGCCAGCUUAUACUGACUUAUUCGAAAUUUUGCGGGAUUACCAGUCACUGUUCAUUGAAUCCCCUCCAAAUUUCUACAAUGUCCCACAAGAAUGUUCAGUGAACUGCUCUGUCUUACCUACACCGCAGACAUCCACAGAUGGUCUUUUGAUUGACUUCCGAGUUUUGCCAAAUAUAUCACUAAGAGGAGUCAUAGAAGCCAGUCUAACUUCACUGAGCUAUGUGCCAUCCAGGACUGAUACAUUGGAAUACACAACCAGCUGGCAGACUGAUUCCUCCACACACUGUGAAACCACACCAUGCUUAAACACAGCAUAUACACAUACAGAAACUGCCACACUGGUGGUGACACCUAGUGGAACUGACCCACAUGUUUCCUUUAUAACGGAAGAAACAACUGUUGCUGUACAAAGUAGCAGUGAAAUGCUUGGAAAUGGGCCUAAUUCCUGGUUGCUUGGAGUGGUAUUUGGCUGUAUUGGGCUGUGUUGUCUGGUUGCCAUCAUAGUUGUCAUAUACUUCAAGAAGAAGGGAAAAAAACUUAGGUUUCGUGUAGGGCCAGGAUGCCAUGACAACAACAAUUUUUUGCACAAUUUCCAAAUCAGAGGUCAUAAGUACAUUCAGAAGAAAUCCAAACAUGGGAAUGACUAUGCUAUGACAACCGAUUUGUCCGGCUCACAGGCGCUAACACCUGUAGAGGGGAGAGAGAAUUUUUAUGAAAAUGCUAAUGUUAUUGAUGAAAAGAAUGUCCCGAAUGGGAAGACUCCCCCUUCAUCUCCUAAAGGAAGAAAGAGUACAUCUAGGCCUUUGAAAACUGCUGUGCCGAAAACUGCUCUGCCAAGUGUUUCUGCUGGUGUAGAGAAAACCGCGCCAGCUGACCUUUCUGGCUCACAGGCACCAACAUACGAAGAGGGGAGACAGAAUAUUUAUGAAAAUGCUAAUGAUAUUGAUGAAAAGAAUGUCCCAAAUGGGAAAACUCCCCCUCAAUCUCCUAAAGGAAGAAACAUUACAUCUAGGCCAUUGAAAACUGCUGUGCCGAGUGUUUCUGCAAGUGUGGAAGAAACCCCGAACCAAAACACAUUCUCCUCUGCGGAUGCGCACCCAGCGGAACAUCAACCACAAUCAGUACCUCCACUAUCCCAUCAGUGGAACAAAAAUAACAAUGGUCUUGAUGUUUAUAAUAACCAGAUAAAUCAUGAAAAUAAAAUCCCUCUUCAAGACAGUUCUGCAGAACCUAAGAAAAAAGAAAGGAAGAAAAAGAAAAGUGUCAAAGCAGUGCAAAAACCACGACCACUUCCACCAGCUCCUCAUAUCCCUUGAUAUGAAAUGGUGGCACUUUCUAUGGCAUAAAGUGAAAUGAUUUUAAUUGAACUAUGCUGAAUGAUUUUAAUACAGAACUCCUACAGACAAGGAUUUUCAUUAAAGAAUGAUAAGCUAGUGCGGAUAAUGUAGAUGCUUGCUAGGUUACUGUGAUCUAAAAGUGGGCUCUUUUUUUGUUUGCAGCAUUUUUCUUUCUUUUUGCAUAAUACAAGAAACACAUGCAAGGGAAUUGGUGUCAUCCAGAUAUUUGUGAAGUGAUGACUAAAAAAGCAUAAUUUGAUUACAAAUUAAUGUGACACUGAGUACAUUGUGGUUUUUUACAAGAAAAAAAAUUUAAGAGUACAGUGUGGGUUUUAAAGGAAAGCUGCCAUUUUUUUCAAUAAUUCUGAUUAAACAUUUUUAUUAUGUAUACAACUGAUUUUAAAGUGACAAUGUAACCACAUAAAAUGAUUUUCUGCUUGUACUCAUAUGAGAGGUCUAAUCAUGCUUAUACAAUGUUCCCAUUUUUAUGUGCAAGUCCCGUUCCAGUUUGUAUUGACGUGAGGUAGAUAUUUGAAACAUGAAGUAAAUAUUUCCCUGGUUCAAAUGGUGCUUGCUUCUACAUGUAUGUGGUAUUUUGAUUGUAUGUAGGGUUUGUAUGAGAACAAGCUGCUUCUAUUCCCACCUGUGUAUUUUGUGACGUGUCAUAUAGCUGGUAUAUGGAGUAAAUUACUCAACUUGCCUAUGUAUAAGAAGACACGUGAUAUACAGCUGUUGCAUUUUGACUGCAGUAUUGAAAAAAAUCUGCUGAUAUUUUACUUUGGAAAUCCAUUUUUAUGAUGCACAUCUGCUGAAAUGAAGGUGUAACACUGUAAUCAGAUUUAAGUAUAUUUGUCAUUUAAUAUAGGGAUUGUGUUGUUUAUAUAUGUAUCUGUUUUUCUGUUUAUAAGACAGUUACUCGUCAUUUAAUGUCAGAACUAAUAAUUAUUUUAAGAUAGAGUAAGAUCAGUUGUAUUGAAAAGCUGGUGCUUGUGUCAAAUGUGAUUGAUGUGAUUUGCCUUGCUUAAGAGGUGUCAAAAAUCUACUGCUGAGGUACUAAUGUAUGACUGUACAUUUAGCUUAUUAU